AUGACAAGCACGAUCCGGGUGGUUCUAGUGCCUUCUGGCGCGGGGCCCGAGUUUGUCUCGCUUCCGCCGUACAAGUCGACCCAGUUGCUGGUCAACAGUGGGGCCGUUUACGAGCUCAACAGGACCAAUUUCAAAGACCCGCAUAAUCAGGCCCAGAAACUCACAAAGACCCAGCAGCCGCUGAAAACGGUGUAUCUGGCCGCAACCGACGCCCGAAAAGCCAGCAUCCUAAUUGGAAACAGCUGCGACAUCUGGGUCGCCACCAAAUUCAACCCGGUGUAUCUUCUGCUGGACUUCUUCACCGACGCUCUUAAACACGACCGUGUUCGAAUGGUCAGCUACCAGGACCUGCUGGAACAGUUUGAGACGACGCCGGUUCUUGCACAGUUGCUUGAGCACAACGUGUCGCUGGAAUCGGCGCUGCUCAAGAUCUGCGAGUCUGUUGACGAGAACGACGAGAGGUUUUACAGACCGUCGAUCGACCGCAUCCUCGAGUUUCUGCGCCAAAGAACCACAAAGCUAGCGUCCAACUUGCCGGCCUCAAUCAUCAACUCCACGAAGAAAAAGCUGUCCCUUCCAGGCUUCGAGCCCCCCGUCGAGGUGCUCGCCGUGAAAUAUACCCAAUUGGCCAUCGGGCUGCUGGAAUCGGCAGUCGAGCCCGUUUACCUGGAAAAAUUACGAAAUUCAUACUCGUCCAAACCGUUGGACGAUUACAUGGUACAAUACGCACAGAAAGAAAAGAUGAACGCCGUCGCCCAGGAAAACAUCAGCCUGCUUCACGGAAUGAGCUCGUCAUCGUCGUCCAAAAAACGCAAGGUAGAGAAAAAAGAGGUGAGAAAAGAAGUCAAGCGCGUGGCCGUUGGAAAAGGUGCUCUUGACAGCUUCUUCAAGAAAAAGCCGUAG